AUGGCGUCUCAGCAGCAGCGCCUGGCGCAACCUGGGCUACAACAGCCCGACUCUCUUCAGCAGCAACAACUAAGUCAAGACUUUGAUCCAGUCCAAAAGUUUAAGACGCUCAUUCCUCAGCUCAAGGAGAGUUUGCAGAACCUGAUGAAGGUUGCAUCUCUAAAUUUGUCUCAUAACACUGCUAUCGACAGUGGCAUUGAAAGGAGCGAUACAGCAGUUCAACGCUUUGACAAGAGCUUGGAAGAAUUUUAUGCCCUUUGUGAUCAAGUUGAACUUUGUUUGCGGUUGGCGUACGAGUGUCUUUCUCAGUGCCUGGACAGCGCCAAACACUCUCCAAACCUUGUCCCAACAGCCACUAAGCCGGACACCGUGCAGACCGAGUCCAUGUCCUAUGCCCAGUACCUCGGCAUGAUCAAGUCUCAGAUCUCCUGCGCCAAAGACAUUCAUAAUGCUCUGCUGGAGUGCUCGAAAAAGAUAGCAGGGAAAGGACAGCCCCAAGGAAUCAUGGGACCGUCACUCUAG